AUGUGGGUCCCUGCCCUGCUCCUACUCAUCCUCCCAGCCCUGCUGCCCCCAGCCGGUGCUAGUGACGCAGGCCAGCCGUGCCUGUUGGAGAUGAACAAGAUCAAGGACCUCCUGGAGGUGAACUGCACGGGGCAGGCUCUCAGCACAGUGCCCCCAGGCCUGCCCGCAGACACAGGCAUCCUCCUGCUCAACACCAACCACCUGGUGUCCGUCUCCACCGCUGCUUUCCGGCCCCUCACCCAGCUGCAAGACCUCGACCUGGCCAACAAUGGGCUGGCGGUUCUGCACACUGGGCCUCCGCUGCCGUCCUUGCGGGAGCUGAUCCUCUCCCGUAACGCGCUGGGCGCCCUGCCCGCCCUGCAGGGCCUGCCUGCACUCACCCACCUGGCCGUGGCCCACAACAGCCUGGCGACACUGGCCCCGUGGGCUUUCCGCUCUGUGCCACGGCUGCAGGACCUGGACCUGCGAGGGAACCGCCUGCGGACGCUGCCCCAGGAGGCCUUUGCGGGGCUGAGGGAACUCAAGUACUUGGACCUCUCGGACAACCUACUGGAGGAGCUCCCCAAGGAGCUACUGCAGGAUCUGCAAAACCUGGAGACCUUCUGGCUCUCAGGGAACCACCUGAGGACCCUGCCCACCGACUUCUUCCCUGAGGGCCACUUCUUUGCUUAUGUCUUCCUCACUGAGAACCCCUGGCAUUGCGACUGCGACCUGCGCUACCUGCGGGCAUGGAUCUAUCAGAAUGAGGACAGUGUCUAUCAGCCGGAGCGGGGCCUGGAGAAGACAAAGGUGGAGGUUGCCCCUGAGAAGGUGCUGUGCCACAGUCCCCCUGAGCAUUGGCGGAAGCCCAUCAUCCACUUCAAGCCCAACUGUGGUAACGUGGGGGAUGCAGAUGAGGAGGAAGAGGAUGAAGAAACAAUGGAGAAAGCUACCAUGAUCACCUUCUUCCCAACACAUCCACCCAUCCCCAAAGAGCACACUACCAUACCCCAUUCUGUUACCUGGCCUCCCCUCACUACCACCAGAUGUCCGCUCAGCACCCCUUGUAACUCCACCCUUGGCCCAAGCACUUCGCUUGCGAUGUCUGUGAGCACCAGAGCUCCCAGCACCACCACUCCUGUGCCAGCCAGUCCCACCAUCACACCCACACAGAUCCCCAGCACUGCUCCUGGGGAUCUCAACAAUGCUCCUGCCAGCACCCCACACAGAAUUGCCACCCUUGUCUCCACCACCUCACUGCCAACCACCAUGAGCACCAGAUCUCCCAGCACUAGCAGCCAUCCCCAAACCAGCCUCGCUGCUGGCACUACCAACACCUAUGCCACUCUCAUGGUGUCCACUGGUGCAUUUUCCACCACCUCCACAGCAGUGCCUUCUACUGCCAUGCUAAAGACCUCGUCUAUGGUCAGAUCUUCAUCUCCUCCUCUGACGUCAACCACACUGGUGGUCUCCACCACCAUGCUUUCCACCCAUGCCCCCAUGCCGCCAGAUCCCCUGGACACCCCCUGCUUCACCCAUCCUGCGCCUUCCCCUCCACCUGCACCUUUCCCCCUCUGCCCGUGCUCCACCCCAGGACUGGCUGUACCCGUGGUGCGCUUGCAGGCAGGUGGGGAGGGUCCGCAGUGGGGGCAGUGGGUGCUGAGGCAUUGCUGCCUAUUGCACUGGGUGCUCUACCUAGCCUCCUUGGCUCUGCUGGUCCUGACCAUGCUGGCUCUAGCAGGCUGGCUGGCGUGGAUGUGUCUGGUGGGACGGCCAUCCUGGCACAAGUCCCUGCAGACCCAAGAGGUGCAGUAUCCACUGCUGAAGUGGAGGGAGUCAACAGGAAACCCUGUGAUGCAUCUCAGCAGCUUCAAAAGACCCCUCCAGCGCCCCACAUUCUGUACCAUAAAGGAAGUAGAGUUGUGCCCUGAAGUCACUUACUGCACAAUUAAAGACCUGGGGAUACAGCGCAGUCCUCAUGCAGGUUCCUCCUUCUGCACUACAAAGGAGCUGUGGGUCCACCACAGUCCUCUGAAUGCCUCAUUUAAGUCUUUCUCCAGAAAGCUGAUGGUCACAAACCUUGGAUCCCUGAAAACCCCUUCUGCUUACAGCCUGGACAAGGGUGUCAAGGCCAUCGGUGAUGUCAGAGUGAAAUAUGCUGGCAACACCUUGUAA